GUUCUAAGAAAGGGGAAAAGACGUCUAUCCUUGAAGGCAUGUCUAAUGUCCAGCCUGUGGCAAACUUCACCCCUGCCUGGUUGGCUCAGUCGGGCCUGCUGUCCCUGGUGCAGACCGAAGACACGUCAUCCUCAUCGGAGCUGUCGUCAUCAGCUAAGUCAUCUUUGUUAGUUGCGACAUCGUCGUCAGUUGAUCAGUCCUCGUUAGUGGAGACAUUCUCAUCUACUAAGCCAUCUUCAUCAGUAGAGAAAUCUUCAUCAGUUGACCCGUCUUCGUUUGUUGAGAUGCUUUCAGCGAAGAAGGAAACUAGAGGGACUCAGACGUCCAUCAGUCCAUCUUCUGGCUCAAGAAAAUCAAGCCUGAAGAUGUCUUCAGUCGCCAGAAGCUCUUCCUCCUUGCCCCCGAUGCCCCUGUCGGGCAACACAAAGACUGACAUACUCACCGGUAUCACCGAGCAUGGUCUUCAACAAGACCCUUGUCACAACAGUCUGUAA